CAACAUCCAGCGCUCCAAGAGCAGUUUACCACCCUAAGAACAACGUAGUGAAUAUGCCAAGACGAUCAGCUAAGUAUAAAGCGACAGCACGAGCCAGAGAGCUCUAUCGAAUGGCGACUAUCCUCAAUCAUAAGCAGCUCAAGACCAGUUUGUCCAUUCCGUAUCAUGCUCUCAGGACAUCUCGUUACCUCAAUCGUCCGAAGAAGUAUGGUCAGCUUCGUAGUAGGGAUGCUGUUGCCAGAAUUACAAGCAUUCAUGAGAUACCAGAUGAGGAUUUCCGCCGCAAACUGCGCGUCAACCAUACGGAAUUUCGAAAGCUUCUCUGCCUUAUCAAGGACCAUCCAGUUUCGUCUCUCAUGGUCCAAGAAAGCAGGCGAACCCCCUUUUACAGCUUACAGUUGCGCUCUAUCGACUGGGACAUUGCGGAUGGCACGUCGGCCAUAUGGACGACUCGGGUAAUCAAGGCCAUCCUGUCAUUGGAGCGAAAUAACGUAUACUGGCCAGAUGAAAAUGAGAGGAAGGCUAUAGACAGGCACUUUGAAGAGGAGGAGGACAUUCCUGAUGGAUGUGUGGGGAUUAUCGACGGCUUCCAUGUUCCCUUCGCUUACAAGCCUGCUCGCCAUGAUGCUGUCGAUUCCCUUUCAUACAAAGGGCGCUACGGCUUCAAUAUCCUAGGAAUUUGCGACCAUUUGAAGAGGAUUCGGUACUUCCAGUACGGUUAUCCUGCUUCUGCUCACGAUGCUCGUAUCUUCAAGAACUGUUCUCUCUUUGAAGAGGCUAAUGCCGACGCUCAGAGUAACAGAGAAGCCAUGUUGCAAGGCCGAGCUGUUCAUUCAGAAAUGAUCAGUCAAGGUGAAUAUCUUUUGGCAGAUUCGGCAUUUCCUGCUGGGGAUUGGUGUGUACCGCUUUUCAAGCGUCGGAGAGGUCAGAACGACCUUGAUGCGCCAGAAGCCAAGUUCAAUAAGAAGUGUUCGAGUGCCCGAGUCAAGAUUGAGCAUGCCUACGGAAUCCUCAAAAACCGCUGGCAGAGUCUUAGGAACCUUCGCGUGAAGAUUCGCAAUGUCAGAGAUGAAGGCGUUGCGACAUGCUGGAUCCGGGCCUGUGUGGUAUUGCACAAUCUGCUCAUUGACACAGGUGAUUGGUACAAUCAGCUGGAUGGUGACGCUGAUGAACCUGAUGAUUACAUCGACAUCGAAAGGAUGCAAGAAAGGAUGGAGAGGGUGUUAGAGCGGCACAGGGAAGAAGAGGAGGAUGAGGCACGUGAUGCAAGAGAUGCUUCGAAUCUCACGCGAAAGAGGGUGAUGGAGCGAAUGCAGGAAAUAGAGCGCAGGGAUCUUCUAUGAUCAUAUCUGCAGGGGAGAGGAAGAGACGACUGAGAAUGCA